UCCAUGGCUGCCUGGAGAUGGGCACCCGGGUGGCUGCUGCUGCUGCUCCAGCUGCGGCACCUGUGCUCCGCAGGUGCCCUAGGGGGGCGGUGGAGAGGGGAGGGCACCAGCCCGCACCUGCAGAGCAUCUUCCUGGGCCGCUGUGCUGACUACAAGCUGCUGAACCCUGAGACCCGGACCAAGAACUGCACAGCCAUCUGGGAAGCCUUUAAAGUGGUGCUGAACAAAGAUCCCUGCUCUGUGCUUCCCUCAGACUAUGACCUUUUUAUUAACCUCUCCUGGCACUCCAUUCCCAGCGACAAGUCCCUGUUCUGGGAAAAUAACCACCUCCUUGUCAUGAGCUAUUCGGAGAACACCCGUCGCCUUAUGCCCCUGUGCGAUGUGUUGUACGGCAGAGUUGGGGAUUUCUUGAGCUGGUGUGGACGGGAGAAUGCAUCUGAACCUGAUUACCAAUCGUGCCCUACGUCAGAAGACUGUGAAAACAAUCCUGUGGAUUCCUUUUGGAAAAGAGCAUCCAUUCAGUAUUCCAGGGAUAGCUCCGGGGUGAUAUAUGUCAUGCUGAAUGGUUCUGAGCCGCUGGGAGCUUAUCCCACCAAAGGGUAUUUUGCAGACUAUGAAAUUCCAUACUUCCAGAAGGAUAAAAUCACCCGAUUUGAGGUCUGGGUCAUGCAUGAAAUUGGAGGACCAUAUGUGGAAUCCUGUGGAGAGGGCAGCGUGAAAAUCCUGGAAGACCGGCUGAAGGCCAUGGGGUUCAAGUACAGCUGUCUUAACGAUCCCCUACCAGUGAAGCUCUUAAAGUGUGUGGAUCACAGUACUCACCCUGAUUGUGCCUUAAAUUCGGCAGCGGCGUCUACCCAAAGGGAGACCUCUUUCCUUUAUACAAAGCAGAGUGCCAGCCUCAUCAUGCCUCUCUUGGUGGCGCUGGCUUCAGUGGCUCAAAUGUAACUAGAAGCUCCACCCUGCUGCUCUAACAGCCAACAGCCCCACACCUUCUCUUGGGAAACCCAUAGCCCUCUUCUACGUGAGCUGAGCGAUUCAAUUGUCUAAAAACGUUGCCUUCUGGGAGGAUGGGAUCCUGAGAUGGAAUUCCAAUGGCCUUCAUCCUCAGGAUUCUGGAAACAAGACAUUAUUAAUCUAGUCCUGCUUAGAAUGAAUCUGCUGCACUGGAAUUAAAGUUAGGAAUCAGGUUGUGACAUGAGUCAGGUCUUGCCGAGGGUGAACCACAGUGAGAAUCAGAGUAUAGGAACUGCUUCAUCUCCUGCCUUGGUGAGUUGUUUUGUGAACUGAUAACAGUUCUCAAAACUCUUAUUAGAGUCAUCGAAAGGAAGAAGUCUCACUGUUAACAAGGUGUUUCCAGAGAACAUUUAACCACAGGAAAAUGUCAAUGAUAGGUACAGUAAGAUGUGGAACUGCUUACCAUGUGAUCCAAUUGUUUGGAAUAUAUUACACAUUUAAUGAAUUGUAUCAUGGAUGUGUGUUUUUGUUUUCAUGGUACACAUAUACUGAAAAUGACUUAAAGGAAAUAAAUCAAAAGGCUGGA